CCCCUCUCCGGAGCCGCCCGGGACGCAGGGAGGAGGGCGGCUGGGCCAGAGCUGCCCGCGGCGCCGCGCUCCUGCACGCUCCGGACCGGGUCUCCGCAGGGAUCACUUCCUCCUGGCACCAGUGGGGGAGCCCGACAUGCCCAGGAAACAUGCCCCAGCCCAGCCCCCACAGGUGCCAUGACUCAGCCGCCCCAGGAGGGCUUCGACAGGAGCGUGGAGGACGCCCUCAAGUGGAUGAAGGCCGUGCAGGAGCGACUGCAGGUCAACGACAACACCCAGGGGCCCCGGGCGGCCCUGGAGGCCAGGCUGCGGGAGACCGAGAAACUGUGCCAGCUGGAGCCGGAGGGACGUGUGAAGGUGGACCUUGUGCUGCGGGCGGCUGAAACCCUCCUGGCGUGCUGCCAUGAGGACCAGAAGCCCCCAAUCCUGGCCCAGCUGAAGGACAUCAAAGCCCAGUGGGAGGAGACAGUCACCUACAUGAUUCACUGUCACAGCCGCAUCGAGUGGGUGUGGCUCCACUGGAGCGAGUACCUGCUGGCUCGCGAUGAGUUCUACCGCUGGUUCCAGAAGAUGACGGUGGCGCUGGAGGCCCCCGUGGAGCUGCAGGUGGGCCUGAAGGAGAAGCAGUGGCAGCUGAGCCACGCCCAGGUGCUGCUGCACAACGUGGACAACCAGGCCGUGCUCCUGGACCGGCUGCUGGAGGAGGCGGGCUCCCUGUUCAGCAGGAUCGGGGACCCCAGCGUGGACGAAGAGGCCCAGAAGAGGAUGAAGGCCGAGUACGGGGCGGUGAAGGCCAAAGCCCAGGACAGAGUGAAUCUGCUGGAGCAGAUGACCCAGGAGCAUGAGCGUUUCCAGGCAGAUGUGGACGAGUUCCAGCUGUGGCUGAAGGCGGUGAUGGAUAAGGUGAGCAGCUGUGUGGGACGCAGCUGCAAACUGUCCACCCAGCACCGGCUCUCCAUGCUGCAGGACAUCGCUGAUGAGUUUCCGAGGGCUGAGACAUCCUUGAGGCGGCUGGAGGAGCAGGCUGUGGGCGUCAUCCAGAACACGUCCCCUCUGGGUGCAGACAGGAUCGCCGGGGAGCUGGAGGACAUGCGCAGGGUUCUGGAGAAGCUGCGCGUCCUCUGUGGGGAGGAGGAGGGCCGGCUGCAGGGCCUGCUCAGGUCCAUGGGAGCCUGCGAGCAGCAGCGGCGGCAGCUGGAGGCCGAGCUGGGAGAGUUCCAGAAGGACCUCCAGAGGCUGGCCGAGGAGGGCCUGGAGCCCCCCAUGAAGGCGGGAACCGAGGACGACCUGGUGGCCCGCUGGAGACGCUACUCAGCGACACGGAUGGCCCUCGAGGCCGAAGAGCCCCGGGUGGCCCGGCUGCAGGCCCAGCUGAAGGAGCUCAUCGCCCUUUCCUGUGAGCCACAGCCGCUCUCCGACAGCGUGGUCGCUGCCCUCCAGGAGUUCCAGAGCCUGAAGGGGCAGAGCGCCAAACUUCACAAUGCCACGGGGCUGGAGCUGUGGCAGCGUUUCCAGCGGCCCCUACAGGAUCUGCAGCUGUGGAGGGCCCUGGCGCAGAGGCUCCUGGACAUCACCGCCAGCCUGCCAGACCUGCCUGCCAUUCACACCUUCCUGCCCCAGAUCGAGGCGGCGCUGGCCGAGAGCUCGCGCUUGAAGGAGCAGCUGACGGGGCUGCAGCUGAAGAAGGACUUGCUGCAGAGCAUCUUCGGCCCGGAGAGAGCCACGGCCCUCCUGGAGCAGGUGGCGAGCUCUGUGCGGGACAGGGACCUGCUGCACAACAGCCUUCUGCAGAGGAAAAGCAAGCUGCAGAGCUUGCUGGCCCAGCACAAAGAUUUUGGGGCUGCUUUUAAGCCCCUCCAGAAGAAGCUCUCGGACCUCCAAGACAGGGUGCAAACCGAGAAUGGGCUUCAGCAGGACCUUCCUCGGAAACAGGCCCAGCUCUCGAGGUUGCAGGGGCUUCAGGAAGAAGGGUUGGACCUAGGGGCACAGAUGGAGGCCCUGAGGCCUCUCAUCCAGGGGAACCCUAGCCACCAGCACAAAAUGGACCAGCUCUCCACCAGCUACCAGGCCCUGCAGAGAUCUCUGGAGGACCUCACGGACAGGUGCCAGCAGGGCGUGCGGGAGCACUGUACCUUCUGCCACGAGCUGUUGGAGCUGCGGCAGUGGAUUGCCACAGUCUCCCAGAAGCUGCGGUCACACCGAGAGGACACGGGCCCCUGGGACGCCCCGUCCCGAGAGGUCGAAGUCGAGAGGCUGCUGGCUGAGCUCCCAGAGAAGGAGGCCCAGCUGCCCCUGGUCGAAGCGCACGGCCAGCUGGUGAUGAAGAAGUCGUCUCCGGAAGGGGCUGCCGUGGUCCAGGAGGAGCUGGAGGAACUGGUGGCAUCGUGGCAGGCCCUGAGGCGGCUGGAGGAAAGCCUGCUGAGCCUCAUCAGAAACCGGCAGCUUCAGAGGAUGGAAGUGGACUCGGGGAAGAAAAUGAUUUUCACCAACAACAUCCCAAAGGCCGGGUUUCUCAUCGAUCCCGUGGAUCCUGUCUCCAGGCGUCGCCGUCAGGCAAAUCCGCUCCAGGAUGAAGGCGGCCAUGAAGGUUUCUCCCGGCUCCAGAGGGACUUCGAGCAGUGGCUGGAGGAGGAAAAUGCCAAGCUGAUUAGAAUCGUCGCCAUGAGAACAGCCACUGCCGAGGAUCUGAGGACCAGGGAGACAAAGCUGCAGGAGUUGGAGGCUCGGGUGCCAGAAGGUCAGCAUCUCUUCGAGAACCUCCUUCAACUUGGGCCAGCAAGGGGGACCUCCAACGAGCUGGAGGACUUGCGGUACCAGUGGAUGCUGUACAAGUCCAAGCUCAAGGACUCCAGCUACCUGCUGACACAGAGUUCUCCAGGGGAGCCGACUGGAUUCCAAAAGACUCCGCAGUGGCCGUGGCGGUGGCGGUGGCCGUGGCAGUGGCGAGACCCCUGCGCGCUCUUCCGGAAGGCGUGCCGCGUGGCGCUGCCCCUGCAGCUGCUGCUGCUGCUCCUGCUGCUGCUGCUGUUCCUGCUCCCGGUCGGGGAGGAGCCCCGCAGCUGCUCGCUGGCCAACAACUUCGCCCGCUCCUUCCGGCUCAUGCUCCGCUACAGUGGCCCGCCGCCCACCUAACCCGUGGGGGACGCAGGGGACUCUCCUCCCUGACCCUCCGCCGGCCCCCGGGCUGCUUCCCAGCCGCCGGCGGGGCCGCCUCAGUAUACAUACUGUAUUAAUGCGCCCCAAAGAAAACCACUUUUUAUACGGUGUUGUCUUAGUCUAUUUAUACGGAAGAUGGACUGUGCGUGACCAGGGAAUACCGGAUGGACUUUUAUAUCCUCUGUGCGUAGAUGCUCCGUCUGUAUUGUUUCAUAUAGGACAUCUCUUUGUAGGGGGACAUGCCUAGCAGUGUGCAUGUCUGGUGGGAUGGGGUGGCAUUUUUGCCCUGGUCUGCGGUGCCCCCAUCCCCGCCCCACCCCAAAAGUGGGAGCAAUAACAUGUCACUUACGGCCACCGCUUGCCCAGAAGCCAAGCCCUGAGCCCCGACAUCAGUGAGAAGACCCCCAGCUGUGGACGUGAACGAGCCACACAGGCCCUCGCUCAGCGCCCAGUUACUCCUGCUUUGGGCACAGCGAGGACAAAGGACAGCAGCUUAGACGCUCCGUGUUGGAAGCAGAAAUGGUGAUGAUCGAAGGCGGGCCAGGUGACAGCAGUGACAAGUGACAAGUGAUAUCUAGGAAUGAAAAGAAGGGCUGGAAGGAGCAGCCCCAGCACUGAAACAGCACAUAGCUGAAGGGCUCCGUGGGGGCGGGGAGGGGGUGUGGAAAGCGCAAACCCCGCCCUCCACCUCCCAUAGCACAGUGCGAUGCUGGACGUCUGGGGCCGCGACGCUGAUCUGGCCGCAGCUGAGCCGGGGCUCCACGUGUUCUAUGCAACGAGAAGAGAAAGAAAGAAACGUCAUCGCUGGGGUCUUCGUGCAGAAUGGGGAGCGCUGCGUGCUGGACCCCUGGGGAAGAUGUGUCCCGUCUGUCACCCUCGGGCUGUUUUUUCCUGGUCUGCACUGGAGCUGAAGGGCCAGAAGGGGAGCGGCCGGCAGGCCAGGCACCAGGGAUCUGGGAUCCAGGACAGAGAUCAGAGAUGGACUUUGGAGCUGAGCCUGUCUUGGGGGGCUCUGCCUCUUCCUCCUCCAACAAAGAACUUCAGAGAGAGGCGUGUCGUCUGGGCCCAGAUUGUCCCACAGGUGUCCUCACAAGGGCCGGUGGCCGAGACCACCCCAAAUCCCAAACGAGGGUCCUUCUUGGCAGGGCUAGGCUGUUAAUCUCCCAGCACCCCCUGGGGAGGAGCGGGUUGGCGGGGGACUCCAUGCUGGGCCCUGAGGCCGGAAACAUGUCCCUUCCUCCCCAGGGAACUCUCGAUGGCUCCUAAGUGCAUUAUAACUGGAUCAUGUUUUCCCCUAAAUCAACACUAAGUGGCCUUUUAGAAAAUGCCUUGUGCCCAUUCUUUACAAACUGAUUUCGUCUGUUCUCCUCUAGGAGGAGACCAAGGGGGGUGGGGUCAUACAGGCCUUUGGGGUCAUAAAGUGUCCAGACUCAGAAAGGCCCUCUAAAGGGAAGGAAAUUGAGGACCCAGGAGGGUCCUGAUUGACAGCACCAAGCCCCGCCCCACAGACCUACACAGAUGGCCUCUCCCUGUCCAGUGGCCAAGGGCCCAAAGCCAGGCCUCCCUGAAGCUCGGAGAAGCUGGACAUUCACAGGCAGGAAAAUGGUAUCGCUCAGAAGAGGUCUUGGUUUGCACUUGGAAAGCACACUUUUCUCCGGAUACCAAGAAACCGAACCACAAGACUAUUCGCCAGGACCACUACUGUGGACACUCAGGGCUGAGGGAACCAAGGCCUUGGGCCCAGGUGGCUGAGCCCAGAUGCUCCCUGGGCCAUGUGGGUCUGAUGCUGGAAGGUCAAGGUCAGACUAGGGCAGGGCCUUCGAGCAAUCUCCCAUUUCCACUCUCCCACUUUGCAGGUGGGGAGGCUGUGGCCCAGCGAGGAGAGGAGCUUAGCCGUGGCCACACAGGGAGAGGCGGGAAGGCCAGACAGAGCCGGCACCCCUGUCCCCAGGCUCACGGUGACAGGGCCCCGAUCCCACCAUGUCAGCAGCUCCACAAGGAAUAGGCACUCCAGGCGAAGGCAGCUGUGUCCCCUGUGGCCCCCAUCAGGGAGGGGGAGGGGAGGGCUACAAUGUGCAGGGCUGGCGGGGCGGGGUGGGGGGGAUGUCUCUGCAUAUUUUUUAAACGUUGAUAAGGAGGCCAUAGAUCCUGCUUGUUUGCAUAAUUUUUUAAAAAAAGAAUUGAUAUUUUCAUUACUUUCUUAUAAAUACAGUUGUGAAAUAACAGCUUCCUCGCUGGUGCUUUUCAAGUGUAAUCUCUUCUGCUUCAAGUGGAUGUAGACAGUUAUGAUUUUUAUGACUUUCCAGCUUCCUGAACAACCGCAAAGAGCUUUCAAGUGCCAUUUGAGAAAGGUGCCCCAGUGGGACCGGCGUGUGUUUAUUUUUCCUCUGUCCCCGGAGUGAGAGUCGUGGAAAGAGAUGUGAAUAUCACAGCCCAGCUCCACAAGCGGGCUCGUGUGUGCGCGCACGUGUGUGUGUGUGUGUGUGUGUGACACAGAAAGAGAGAGAGAGAAGGAAAGAGGGAGAGAAGGAAGAAGAGGGGAGGAAGAGGAGGAGAGGGGAGUGAGUAUAGGAGGAGGCAGGAAGAGAAGGGAGGGCAGAAGAGAGGGGGUAUGGGAAGGGGAAGCCGAGGGAGAGGGGCAGAGGGGAGCAGGGGGAAGAGGAAACAGUAUGAUCAAAGGUGCUGCUCCCCUCCUCAAGUGGCCCUCAGCCGGCCCUUUCCCCAGCCGCACCUCCGUGGGGAAAGGCCCGGGCAUGCUCCGACGGUAAGGGGUGGGAUGUGCGGCUGCGGAGGGCCGAGGUGACUCUGGAGGAGCUCCGCAUCGGGGCGCAGGACGAAGGCAUCCUCCCAAGAGUGCCUUCUGCGCGGUGCGUGCAGGUGCUGGGCCCUUGCUCGGUGCCCGAGGAGCUGUAUUUCGUUUCAUUCCUACAACAGCUCUCGGGGACUCUGCCUCCACUCGAAAGACAGGAGAGCUGAGACUUGAAGACGUAGAGACCCUUGCCCAGGCAGAGGUGGGAUUCGAAUCCGGGUCUGCCCGUGCCAAGCCCGUGCCAAGCCCACGCUGGCAGGAGAGGAGGGGGCUGGGGCCGGCUCUGCCGGGGAGCAGGUGGAUUUCAGAGAGCGAGCGCUCUGCCCUCUGGUCGGCGAGCGGGCAUCUCCCGAGGGCUGGUCUCACCCAGGGCUCUGCACAGGGUCACCCCCCACCGUGCGGCAGGUGGGCAGGGGGCACCGUCCCCAGGGUCCUCUACAACACCUCCACAGCGGUUACUUCCCGCCACACAGGGAAGCAGGGCUUUCUGCCCAUCCCAGGGCUGAGCCCCUCUCUGUCCCCCUGCGCGGUCCCAAGCAUGGCUGACGUGCUUGGUGCCCAGCACGGGGUGGGGACUUCCACUGUGCUUAUAGCAUCGCGUGAAAAACCCCAGAGGUGAGUGUGUUUGACACCGCAACUCCCCUCCAGGACUCAGAGGAAGCGGUUCCCAGUGUAUGGGACUCACUCUGUCGCUCACCUCCUUGCUCUGUCUCUGCUCUCACCUCUUGUGGCCGUGGAUGUGCACACCCUCAGAUCUUCCACAUGUAUUGUCAUUUUUUUUUAAAGAUUUUAUUCAUUUAUUUGACGGAGAAAGAUCGCAGGUGGGCAGAGAGAGAGAGGAGGAAGCAGGCUCCCCACGGAGCAGAGAGCCCGAUGCAGGGCUCCAUCCCAGGACCCUGGGAUCAUGACCUGUGCUGAAGGCAGAGGCUUUAACCCACUGAGCCACCCAGGUGCCCGGUGUAUUGUCAUUUCUGUUCCUGGCACAAUGACUCACCUGCAGUCAUGGGCCAUGGUACAAAUUUGUGGGUGGAAAUGCCAAGUGGAGAAGCCCACUUUCCCCCACUGGAGGUUUCCUGGGUUGGAAGUAUAGACAAUCUAGUGAUUGGUUUGGCCAAGGAAGGGUCCACACCGCUGCAGAGCUCCCCCACCCCCACCCCGGAGGCCUCAGCCACCUCCCUAUAACCUCUCUGCUGUCAGCCAGGUCCGCAGGGGCAAAGCUGCGCCAUCUUUGCAACCUGACACUGACCAGCUGUUUACACCGAUGGCCCGGUCUGGUUAAUGCAGUGUGGAUGGGUAGAAUGGGUGUGUGUGUGUGUGUGUGUGUGUGUGUGUGCACACAUCACGUAAGUGGGUUUUGGCAUCAAAGGCAAACUAACUUCACUGUUUAAAAUGUUCUGUUAUGUAAACAGUAUUCGCAGGGACCAUAUCCACUCUCCUCAUAUUAUUUGUGAUUGUAAAACAUGCGUUUGCAGUAAAUGAAGCUUUCAGGGAAGGCAAGCCGUACCAGAGCCAAGUGAGUGUUCUGAAACGUGUGUGCUUUAUCUCGGUUCACAUCAAGCCCACAGCCGGCCUAGAGCCUUUCCUGCUCAGGAGGGAGGGACGCGUGGGCUCCUCUCGCCUCGUCUCCGUGCUGCGUUUCAAAGUCCCUUUCUGUUGCUCCAGUUGGAAGGAGCUGUGUUCCCGAAGUCUGGCUUGUUUUUGUUGUUGCUUUAUGUGUUGAAAAAUGUAUCUGCUUUAUGUUUGGAAAUAAAAAAAUCUCUAUUUUGGUCUAUGAA